CCGGUCUAAUUAUUUUCAUUUUCAUGCCAGCUCUCUUCCUCUCAUUCACUACUCUCUCUCUUCUCUUCUCUCUACAACACACACUCCUAUACAAAUUUCAAAUUUUGCACAGAAGAGAGAGAGACGGCUAUUCUCUUCUUCAACCUAAAUCAGCUCUUUUUUGAUGUCCUCUUCAAAUUUAUAACUCCGAAAAGGUUAGCCCUAGACUGUUGCAAAAGAUAGUGCGAGUUAGGGUUUAUUUUCGUUAUGGGUAAUGAUAGAAAUGAGAAUCUUGCGAUUCAGUAGGAGUACUGAAAUGUAAAUGCUCAGAUUUUUGGUUUAGAAGUUCGGAGGGAGAGGGAGAGAGAGUAAGAGAGAUGGAAGGUGGGGGAAGGAGGAUUUCGGCGAGCCCUAGACCAUGCAGUGUUAGGCGGGUUGUGGCGAAGAAAAGGCCCCGAGUUGGAGGUGUAGAUGGGUUUGUCAAUAGUGUUAAGAAGCUUCAGAGACGAGAAAUCAGUUCCAAACGGGACCGUGCUUUCACCAUGAGCGAUGCCCAAGAGAGAUUUCGCAAUAUUCGUCUACAGGAAGAAUAUGAUACGCAUGAUCCGAAGGGUCACUGUUCUAUGGUACUGCCUUUUUUAAGGAAGAGGUCCAAGAUCAUUGAGAUUGUAGCAGCUCGUGACAUUGUGUUUGCUCUUGCCCAAUCUGGUGUUUGUGCAGCUUUUAGUAGAGAGACUAAUCAGAGGAUAUGCUUUCUCAAUGUCAGUCCUGAUGAAGUUAUACGCAGCUUGUUUUAUAAUAAGAACAAUGACUCACUUAUCACAGUUUCUGUUUAUGCUUCAGACAAUUUCAGUUCUUUAAAAUGUAGAAGCACGAGGAUCGAAUAUAUUCGAAGGGGCAAACCAGAUGCUGGCUUUGCUCUUUUUGAAUCUGAGUCACUAAAAUGGCCAGGUUUUGUAGAGUUUGACGAUGUAAAUGGGAAGGUUCUCACGUAUUCUGCACAGGAUAGUAUAUACAAGGUUUUUGACCUCAAGAACUAUACGAUGCUGUACUCCAUAUCCGAUAAAAAUGUUCAGGAAAUAAAGAUAAGUCCUGGGAUCAUGCUGUUGAUUUUAACCAAGGCUAGUGGUCAUGUGCCCCUCAAGAUUCUUUCUAUAGAGGAUGGUACAGUUUUAAAAUCAUUUAAUCAUCUCCUUCACCGGAAUAAGAAGGUGGAUUUUAUCGAACAGUUCAAUGAGAAGCUUCUUGUCAAGCAAGAAAAUGAGAACCUCCAGAUUCUUGAUGUUCGUAAUUUUGAGUUAACAGAAGUUAGCAGAACUGAAUUUAUGACACCGUCAGCUUUUAUAUUUCUGUAUGAGAAUCAGUUGUUCUUAACGUUUAGAAAUCGACUUGUGGCUGUUUGGAACUUCCGUGGGGAGCUUGUAACUUCAUUUGAGGAUCACCUUUUGUGGCACCCCGACUGUAAUACUAAUAACAUAUACAUUACUAGUGAUCAAGAUCUUAUUAUAUCUUACUGCAAGGCUGAUUCUGAUGAUCCCUUGUCCGAAGGAAGUGGGUCAAUCAAUAUCAGCAAUAUUCUGACUGGGAAAUGCCUUGCUAAAAUAAGAGCAAGUAACAGCACCCCAUUGGAGAGUGAAGGUUGCUGUAGUGACAAGUGCUGUGUCAGUGGCAGCAGCGGCAACUGCAAAUCAAAGAAGCGUACCCAAGCAGCCAGAACUCGGAGCACAGUUGCUGAAGCAUUGGAAGAUAUUACUGCUUUAUUCUACGACGAAGAGCGGAAUGAGAUCUAUACAGGCAAUAGGCAUGGUCUAGUACACGUGUGGUCUAACUAAUGGUUUCUACUAUCCUUUCUUGUGUUCAUUAGAUAGAUUUAUUGAUGCUGUUUUAAGUGGUUGAAUUGAUUGUGUCGACUGUUGAUGUAAGCAAGAGUUGGGAAUAAUUGUAUCAUUAGAUUGUAUCAUGUCAUAUAAUCCGUUUAACUUAAUCCCUUUUGUCUCUUGUCUUGUGCCCUGUAUUGGAACUGAAAUGCCCUAUUAUUCAUAGAAUUGUUUUUCAGAGUGAAUAUGCCGUACAAA